AGGAAAGGAAAAAUAAAAAAAAACAGGAGGUUUGGGCACUUUAGAUAUUCAAAAUCAGGUUUGGAUAGCUAUCCCAGCGUAGCUUCGGAAAGCCGUUGGGAACACAACCUCACUCCAAGCCUACAUCAACACUUGGUCUUUGCUUCUUCAUUUCUUACAGCCACAUUUCAAAAGAGGGGAAAAAUUCAAAUUAGGGUUUUCUCCAUCUUCGCUCUUUCAAAACAUUCUCUGAUUGCCCUUAAUCUCCCAAUUCCCAAUUUGGGUCUUCCACACUUGGAACUACCCAAUUAACCCCUCAAGUUCAAUUUUAGGGUUUUUGAAUCGCAUGAGAGCCGCGAGAAUGGCCACAAGAUCCUCUGUCAACACCACAAUGCGGCCGAAGCUCGCUGACGUCACCAACUUGCCGGCGCCUCCUUCGAGAAAUGAAAACCUCUCCGAAACUUCCAUGGGUGACAAGGACCGUGUUGAACAGCUCACCAGGGAAAGAAUGGCUCUGAUUAAACUCGUCACCGAAAGAAAUAAAAUUAUUGAAUUGAGUGGAGCCGAGUUACAGAAGUUGCGCGUUGGCGUUCAGAAAUUGCAGCUACAGAAUUGGAAUCUUGCUAGAUCGAACAGCCAGAUGUUAGCGGAGCUUAAUUCAAAAAGAGAUACGGUAAAAACACUACAACAUGAACUUUUAUGCAAGGAGGCCUUACUUAAGGCAAAGAAUUCUGAAAUGCAGGAAAAAUCAGAGAUGAAAUGUCAAAAUGUUCGAUCUAAGUUCAAGGAACCAGAUGAGGUAACUUUGCAUGAAGCAGAUAAUGAUGACAAACCACGUAUUGGCAACAAGAGGCGAGCAACAAGAAGUCAAUCUCUUGGUGCUUCUGCUAAAUGCCAAAAGGUAGAACAGUCUCUCACUCUACAGGGAAAAGAAGAGAUAAAUUGUCAAACUACUGGCCAUCAGCUCAUGGAAGGAGAGAAGCCAGCUUUGCUGGAAGCUACUAAGGAUGAAAAACCUUGUGUUGGCAACAAAAGGCGUGCUACAAGAAGUCAAUCUAUGGGCUCUUCUACUACAGGUCAAAACAAUGAACAGAAAGAUAAGGUUGAAAAUAAAAGGCGGAGUUUGAGGAGGCAGUCUUCUAGAUUUAAAUCUGACGAGGAAGAACAGACAGAAACUUUGUUUGAGAUAGAAGAAGCCAAAUUUCCAGAAAAUCGAAUGCUUGAGGUUGAUCCCAUUCCCUCCAUUUCAUCUACCAAGCAAGAAGAGAAAGAAGAUAGCUGGGCUGCGAAGAGUGAAGGAGUAUCACAAAGAUCUUCAAUUGGUAGAAGACCAUUGCGCAAGGCAGUUAAGAAGGAUACCGAAUUUCCAGAAAAAUUAAUUCCUAAUUGUGAUCCCACUCCUUUAAUUUUAUCUACCAAUAAAGAGAAAGCAGAAAUCAGUGCCCCGAAGAGUGAAGGAGUAUCGCAAAGAUGUUCAGUUGGAAGACCCAUGCGGAAAGCUGUUGAGAAGGUUCAGUCCUACAAAGAACCUCCACUCCAUGUCAAAAUGCGUAGAGCAGAGUGACCAGGUCAGAGUCUCAAUGCUGAUUGAGUUGAUAUGAGCUUGUACAACUAGAACUCUUCUAAUUAUUGCUUGUGGUCACAAACUCAUGAUUACAC